UACGACCCCGACAGAUGCAUCGCCCAACUGAUGGACUGCCAACAUCUGCCCGAACAAGACAUGAAAAUCCUCUGCGACACCGUCCAAGCCAUCCUCCUCGAGGAAUCCAGCAUCCGGCCUGUAUUAACACCAGUCACCAUCUGCGGCGACAUUCACGGCCAGCUG